AUGGUGACAGAAUUAGAUUCAAAAACGUCUGAUUCAAAUUCACAUCUAUCUAGUAUCUCAAAUAAGUUGUUCGAGGAUGACUCCGAUAAUUUUCAAGUGGCGGGUAAAGUAGAUACUGUGGCAAUAAUGCCAAAGAAACCAAUGAAAGAGUACUUAAAGAUCUCAGUGUUAUGCUACUGUGUUGCUUUCGGUGGUUUUAUUGCAGGUUGGGAUACUGGUAGUAUUUCCGGUAUUACUAACCAAACUGAUUUCUUACAGCGGUUUGCGCAACAUCAUAAGGACGGUACGUAUGAAUUUUCAAACGUCAGAAAAGGUUUAGUUGUUGGCAUUGUUAAUAUAGGUGCUGCUUUCGGAGGUAUUAUACUUUGUAAAUUAGGUGAUGUGUUUGGACGUAAAGGUGGGUUAGUCUGUGUUGUUUGUACAUAUAUGGUCGGUUGUUUGAUAUGUAUAACUGCUGCGGAUAAGUGGUAUCAAUAUACGAUCGGCAGAAUCAUUACCGGUAUGGGUAUUGGUGGUAUUGCUGUUCUAUCUCCAAUGCUGAUUUCUAGAAAGUUCCCCAAAGCAAUCAGAGGAACCCUAGUGUCAUGUUUCCAGCUUAAUCAAACAUUUGGUAUUUUUAUAGCUUAUUGUACAAAUUAUGGUGUCAAAGAUUAUUCUAACUCAGCAAGUUGGAGAGUUCCAGUUGGUUUAUGUUUUGCAUGGGCUUUAAUUCUGAUCGGAGGUUUGACUUUUGUCCCAGAAUCUCCACGUUACCUAUGUGAAAAUAACAAGAUUGAAGAAGCUAAGCGUUCUAUUGCUAUGUCAAAUAAGUUGGAACCAGAUGAUCCAGCAGUUCAAGUCUUAAAUCGAGCUGAUUCUGCUGGAUUUGAAGUUGAAAGGCAAGAAGGUUCUGCAACGUGGGCUGAUCUGUUCACGACAAGAACCAAAGUUUUCCAACGUUUAAUCAUGGGAAUUAUGCUUAAGGCAUUGGAUCAAUUAACAGGUGAUAAUUACUUCUUCUACUAUGGUACAUCUAUAUUCAAGUCUGUUGGUUUAGAAGAUUCAUUUGAGACUUCUAUUAUUUUAGGUGUCAUCAAUUUUUGCUCAACUUUUUUAGCUCUUUAUAUCAUUGAUCAUUAUGGCCGUCGUACAUGUUUACUAUGGGGUUCCACUGGUAUGACCAUUUGUAUGUGUGUUUACGCUUCAGUUGGCGUCAAGGCCCUUUAUCCCCACGGAAGAGAUAAUGAAGCCUCCAAAGGGGCUGGUAAUGCUAUGAUUGUCUUCACAUGUUUCUUUAUUUUCUGUUUCGCAACCACCUGGCCACCAGUCUGUUAUGUGAUUGUUUCUGAAACGUUCCCAAUGAGAAUUAGAGCAAAAGGUAUGGCCUUGGCCACCGCUUCAAAUUGGCUAUGGGGUUUCCUCAUCAGUUUUUUCACACCAUUCAUCAACUCUGCUAUUCAUUUUGCAUAUGGUUACGUUUUCAUGGGAUGUCUAUUCUUCAGUUGGUUCUACGUUUUCUUCUUCGUGCCUGAAACUAAAGGUCUAACACUGGAGGAAGUUGAAGAAAUGUGGCUAGACAAUGUCUUGCCAUGGAAGUCAGCCGAAUGGAUUCCAGCUGCCAGAAGAACGGCAGAUUUCAAUGAAGAAGAGUUUAGACAUGAUCAUAAGGCAUGGUACAAGGCACUUCUCAGCAAGUAA